AUGGUUAGAUUUUCAGUGAGUCAAGAUGGGAUUUGGGCGAUGAAUAAAGCUAUAGAGAGUCACAAUCACAAACUGAUUAGGCCGGAUGAGAAACAUUUGCUCAGGCCAUCUAGGAGCAUUAGUGAUGAGAAUGCAUCUGUUCUGAAAUCUAUGUCAGAAGUAUGGAUAAGAACUAUUGAUGCAUUUACAUACCUAUUUGAUGAAGUUGGAGGUGUUGGUAAUCUAUGGUUCACCAAGCGGGAUGCAUACAACUACAUCCAAAAAGAAAGAAGAGCCAAGAUUGAGACUAGAGACACUAAUUCACUAAUCAAGUUAUUUAAAGAAUGGACAAUUGAUGACAACAUGUUUGUCUGGGUUGUGCAAACUGAUGAAGACGAUUGUUUGUUAAAUUUCUUCUGGGUUGAUGGUCUUGGUAGAAUUGAUUAUGACUGUUUUGGGGACGUGGUUAUUUUUGAUACAAGUUAUCGUUUAAAUAAAUAUAACUUAGUCUAUGCCCCUAUUGUCGAAGUGAAUAAUCACUGGCAAAAUAUUCUAUUAAGUAUGACAUUCUUAUCUGAUGAGACUAUUGAUUCUUUUACUUGA